UUUUGGUGCCAUUGCUGUUUGUGUUUUUGGUGCUUCAACAACCACUCUGCCUUGGUCCUCGAAUUACGAGGUGUGAGAUCAAAACUCAAAUGGCAAGCUCACAAAGACAAUCUGCGACAAAACAAGGAUCGCCGUCGUCUCAGAAGGGAAAUGAAAAGGCAACAUCAUUUGGUGAGUGCUCUUGGAAGACACUCCGAAUAACAUAUACCGACCCAGAUGCUACAGAUUCUUCUAGUGACGAAGAAAAUGACAAAGUAUCAAAUGGUGGUCCCAAAAGACGAUUCAUAGACAUAACGAAUCCAAAUUGGAAGGAUCCAAACUGCAAACUUUCCAUCAGAAAAGGAAAACGCAUAUGUUCCAGCAAGUAUCUAGGUGUUAGACGUCGACCAUGGGGGAAAUAUGCAGCAGAGAUUCGUGACCCGCGUCAAAAGAAUUGUCGUAAGCGCUUGUGGCUUGGUUCAUAUGAUACUGAGAUAGAGGCUGCAAUGACUUUUAAUGUAAAAAGGCAAGAGUUUGAGAGAGAAAUGGCUCUAGAAAGAGGAGAUAAUGCAUCAGUGCAUUCGGAGGGUACUGCCAAAGAAGAUUAAUUAGCCUCAUGAUCCAUCUUAAACAUCUUAAUUUAUGCAUCUGCUAUUAGCUAGCUAGUAGAGUUUUACUAGUUUAUUGUAUGUCUGCACUUUCAAAUAAUUUUAUUAUUGUAGCAUUUGAGAUUGGACAAGUUGGUAGAAGGGCAUAGUUUCUCUCA